AUGUCAAAAUUCAACCCUUUGUACACAAUCAUUGUUACGGUGAUAGGCGGCCGGUACUUUGCCCACAAUCCUGACGCGAAAUUAUACGUUGAGUGCAGAUUCACCGACGAUGUUCUUUCGACGAUUAGCCCCGACUCGAAUUCCAUAUUAUCGACCGACAAAGUGGAACAAGUAUCAUUUCCGAUAUGGGAUACGGAGCUUGCAUGGGAGGUAGAUCAAAAAACCUUGCACACACUUCGGUCGCAAUGGGCGCAUCUAAAGUUGCAAUGUUUCUCGGUUAAUUCAAAUGGUGGAAGUGAACUU